GGUGCCUCCGCCAACAUGGCUGCGCCCGCAGCAGGCUGCGCUCGCCUGCCCCGCUGCUUUCUCCUCCUGCUGACGGGGCUGGCGGCGGCCGCGGCUCCCGACGGGGACUGUGGCUGCAGCGCCAGCCGGGCCGGCGGGGACGGGCGGCACGCGGCGGCGCGGCGGUACUCGGCGGCGGCGGGCGGCGGGCAGAGCGCCGGGCACAGGCCGAUGGUCGCUAUUCCAGGAGGAGUGUUCACAAUGGGCACUGAUGAGCCUGAAAUACAGCAAGACGGAGAAUGGCCUGCUAGAAGAGUCCACGUCAACAGUUUCUACAUGGAUCAGUAUGAGGUCAGCAAUGAGGAGUUUGAGAGAUUUGUGAAUUCUACUGGAUACAUUACUGAGGCAGAGAAAUUUGGUGAUUCCUUUGUGUUUGAGGGAAUGCUGAGUGAAGAAGUGAAGGCUGACAUCCACCAGGCAGUCGCAGCUGCUCCCUGGUGGUUGCCUGUGAAGGGAGCCAACUGGAAGCACCCUGAGGGUCCUGACUCUAAUAUCUCCAACAGAAUGGAUCAUCCAGUUCUUCAUGUUUCCUGGAAUGACGCUGUGGCAUUCUGCACAUGGGCAGGGAAACGAUUACCAACGGAGGCUGAAUGGGAAUACAGCUGCCGAGGGGGCCUUGAGAAUAGACUUUUCCCAUGGGGCAACAAGCUUCAGCCAAAAGGUCAACAUUAUGCCAAUAUCUGGCAGGGAGUGUUCCCAACCACCAACACUGCAGAAGACGGAUACAAAGGAACUGCACCUGUCACUGCAUUUCCUCCCAAUGGGUAUGGCUUGUACAACAUGGUAGGAAAUGCCUGGGAAUGGACGUCUGACUGGUGGACUGUUCAUCAUUCACCAGAUGAAGUUCACAACCCUAAGGGGCCCGCAUCGGGGACGGACCGAGUGAAGAAGGGUGGAUCCUACAUGUGCCAUAAGUCUCACUGCUACAGGUACCGCUGCGCAGCCCGCAGUCAAAACACUCCCGACAGCUCUGCCUCGAACCUGGGCUUCCGCUGCGCAGCAGACGCCGCGCCGGAGCUGCCGUCACGCCGGGACGUCAAGGGCUGAAUUUCACCCAAGGAGGAGAAGAGAUGCGUGGAGUGUCACUUGCUGGUGACACAGAAGAGAAAAAUGUAGUGCUUUGAAGUUCCUGUUCAGGGAAGAAAAUCCAACACUACUCAACGUUGCUUGAAGAACUUUCCUGUAUUUAUCUUCAGGGAACCUGGCCUGGACUUUUCUCCUGACCAAACCUUUUAUCGGUGAACUCUAUUUGGUUUUUAGCAAGAGUUCUCUGGGGUUAAAUAGCACAAAACUGAGCAGAAACAUGCCGAUUGUGUUUUAAAAGGUUAAUUAAUAGCUCCUUUAGAAAAUAUCUUUAUUAAAUAGUUUUAUUUAUGUAUAGUUUGAAUUUCUAAGCUCAAGUCCAAUAAACGAGGACUUUAUAAACUUCUAGACAGCUUUAAAAGAAAACUGAAGGGGUUAAGAAGAGGUGAGGAUGGGAAGACAGAGCGCUAUCGCCAGGGGCAGUUAGUGCAGCCCUUGCAUUACGUUCCUGUUGUAGUGAAAAUCAGGUCCUGAAAUGUGCUUUUUCUGGUGAGAUACUUGCACCUCUUUAGAAAGUGCCUUCUGCAGCUGAGGGGUGAUAAUCCUCAGGGUCAUGACGUGAUCAGAAAUUAUGUACAUAUUUGAAUAGAAUUCCAGGCAUUUAUUUAUGCUAAAGACUUUUAUUGAUGGAAAAACACUGGCAAUUUCUUUUUGAAUUUCUCUUGGACAUGGUGCAGGCUUAUUUUGGGGACUUGCAAACUGCAAAAAUGGUAUCAUUAGAAACUGAAGCUAACACAAAAUUUCACUCGAAUAAAAGAUCAUUAAAAUGAAAAGGUGGGAGAUGUAACUGUGAGACCUAAGGCCUAAUAAGGUAAAUUUUGAAACUGUUCUGUUUAAAAAAAAACAAACAAAACCAAAAAAAAAAAACCCCAACACACUAAAAAACCAAAGGACUUAAAAGGAGAGGCAUUCUAGCAAGGAGGAAGGGAAAUGGGAAUAAUGAAAGCAGGGGAUAAAGGUAAUUCUAGCAAGCAGAAAAAAAACAAUUCCAGAAUGACACCACUAUGACUUGGCACUCACACGAGCAUGAUGAAAGCUGUGGUAAAUAUUUUGCGUAGUAAAGUCUGCCUUACCAGCAUUAAAUGUUUAAUUAAAAUCUAUGCAUUAAAAACAUCUAUUUUACUGGAAGUAAUAAGGAAAGAGUCUGUUUCUAUCUUUCUAAAAGUCAUGUCUCUGCCACAAGAAGGAAUACACUUUAUAAAAGAUUUUGCCUAGAGUUGGUUUUAUUUUUUAUUCUGGAAAAAAAUACAAUUCCGUGUAUUGGAAAAUUCUUACAACUUUUAUUUAAAUAAAAGGCUUUGUGAUGCCGCA